AUGUCAGUGACAAAACACACAUGCGUGGUAAGGGUGAAUCUCUUUCUUUUUCUGCCGGAUACUUCUGAAUACCAGGAGUAUGGAUCGGUUGGUUGUGUUAUAGUUGGCACGCUAAAUAGCCCGCCGUUGUACAAAUUAGGGUGCUAUAACGAGAAAAACGAGUAUAUAUGUACUGCGAACAUUACGACUAACAACGAAACCGGUGCCUUUAUUGCAUUGCAAGCAGGAGGAUAUAUUUCUUUUAAAGAUGAGCAAGGCAAAACCUGGUCUAUGCAAUUUGAAAGUGAAAAUCAAGCAAUUGAAUUCUGCUGUCACGUAGUUGUGGCAAUGUAUGGGGCGUCAGGCCAUCCAGAUCAAAGUAUUCUUGCAUGUGAUGUUGCCAUUGGAAAAUGUGAUCGUACCGUAUUUGCCAACGAUAUAGUAAAGGUGCGUUAUCAAAGUUGGGUAGUUCAAUUUGAAGCGUAUGGGAGCGAGCUUCCUAUUCUUGGAAGCAAAUUGGAUGGCAAUUUGCAGGCUGAUAAACCGUGCACCUUAACUAUUCCCGCUAAUCAUAUGAGUGUUACUCCUGAAAUGAAAGGGUUUGAGGGGAUGGUUAUAGGAAUGGGGGAAGAAGGAUCUCGUGUGAUCAUUGUUCCUGUUCGAGCAAAACGUGGUAGCGGACCAUCAGUGCACAUGUGUUUUUAUACUCAUUUGGUGAAGAAAAAGGAUCUUUCCCAUGUGGCGCAAGUUGGUACCUCUGUCGCAGUGCCUUUGGAUAAAAAUUCAUCUUUGCAGGUAAUGGAUGAAUCUAGAUUAGUGUUUUCAAAUAAAAAAGAUCAUGCUAUUCCAUGCCCAAAAUCUCCACCACCAGGUUUUAAUAGAGAACAGUUAUUGAUUGUGGAUCGAAUGCGCGACCAAGUUCAAGUGCUUUUUCAACAGCUACAGGAGGCUCGACGACAGCUCGAUGUAUUGUUGAAUGAAGUUCGAACUUUUGAACGAAGUGCAAAACCGCAAAGUUUGGCAAGUGCGCAAUUGGAACAUUCCAUUCAGAAGCUUUUGGCUGACACAGAAGAAGGGAAAGAAUUACUCUCCCAGAAGGAUUUAACUCUGAGGCAAAUGGAGGAAAAAAAUAAAGAAUUGCAGAAUAAAAUUGACAAGUUUAGCAAAACCGCCAAUUUACUUGCAGAAGAGAAGAAAAGCACCAUUAAUUCCUCCAACGAAGAAAAGUUGGAUAUGGAUCGAAGAAUAGCCCAAAACCAGGAAAGGUUGACACGCUUACAGUCGGAGCGAGAGGAUGUUGCCCGCCAUCUUUCAACUGUAAAGCGUCUUCUUCAGGUUGCUGACCAAGAUAUUAAAACUGAAAAGCAGAAUCUUCAAUUGGCAUUGGUUGAAUUUCAAACAAACGAGUCCAAACUUUCGGCUGUUGAAGAAACAUACACUGGGGAACAAGCCAGACGAAAACUUCUGGAGUCAAAAGUCAUCGUUCUUGGUGAUCAACUUCGCUCCCUCUUGGAGGAAGUUCGUGUAAAAGAAGGUCAGAUGGAGGAAAGAAGAAAAAAGAUUGAAACUGACAAGCUACAUUACAUGCAAUUAAUUGAGGACGAAAGAAGUAAAGCGGCUGAAGAAAUGCGUGAGUUACGACAGGAAUUUAUUGACGAAUUGUCUACACGUGACAGACGUUAUCAGGAGGAACGUCAAAGAGUUGCACAUAACGCUUUUGAAAGAGGUCAUUUUCAGGGCAUAGAGGAGGGGCAGAAUGAGGCGUUGUUUGAAGCAGAUGCGGCUACGCAGCAUCUUGCUCUCACUGUUCAGCGCCACGAAGCGGAAGUGAACGGCAUACGUAUUCGCUUAAGGAGUGCAAAAGAAAAAAACGAAGCUGACGCUUGUCGAUUGACAUCCCAAGCUUCAGCACUUCAUGGGGCGAUUGACAAUCUAAUGGGAGAAAAUUCACAGAUGGAAACAGAGUUUGACUCAUUGAAGAGUGCAAAGGAGUCUGUUGAAGAUGAUGCCUUUCAAGAACUUAGGCAUGCCAUCGAGCAGCUAUCAGUUGCCGUGGGACGACAGGAUCUCCUUGCAAUAAUACACUCUUUACGAGUCAAAAGGGAUGUUAGCUAUGCAUUUGAGACACAAAGAGAAGCAGAACGAAAACGAAUUUUAAAGGAGGAACAGAAGGAGGUUUAUGAGUGGGUUUCUGGAGUGGUUGAUGGAAAAUCUGUUUCGUUUCCUAGUAUGCGCGCACAGUAUUUGACUGAGCCACUGCUUCCGUACGUUCCAGAUGUUCCUUUCUUGAAUGAAAUGGAGCCAUCGGAAAAAAUUUUUGAUUCAAAAGUUCAGGAUGAAGUAAAUAAACAGGAACUUCUUCUUCGGUUUGAUCCGGAUGAAAUGGAUCGUCGCUAUCAGGAGCUUUUGUCGGAGCUGACUUGUAAGAAUCCUGUUCUAGAACUAGACCUAAAAAAGAAUUCCUCAAAGUCGCUGUAUGAUGCCCCGUCAGCAAACAGUUUGUCUCAGACCCAAGAUAGAAAAACCGUUUAUGAGGGCACUCGUAACUCACCAUCUUUAGAAUUGACGGCAAACACUCCAAAGAUAGAUCAACAGAAGGUAAAGGAAGAGGGUGUUUCAUCGCAGGCAUUGUCAUCCCAAACUGGGGUUCAGGUCUUUGUUUUAAAGCAAGAGGAAGGUGAUUUUGGUCCCCUUGUAAAGCCUGAUAUCACUGUGGAGAAGGUGCAAGAGCCAUCGCAUGCCAUUUCUCCCAAAGAUGGAGUAUCAGAGAGAACUCUGGCGGAGAAAAAGUGUCCGUCCAUCACCUCGACCUCUUCUGGAAAGCCAACUUCAGUUCAUCAGAUCAAGGGGCCUGAAAAACAAAUAGCACCUCCACAAAAUCGAGGGGUGCCUUCUCGAGUUUGGAGGCCUAAUUUCAGUGAUUCAGAUUCUGACAUUAACGCUCCGGUGUUAUCUAAGGAGGCUGCAAUGCGCAGCUCGACGAAAGUGGCUCCGCAAAAGAGGUCUUUAUUUGAUGAUAGUGAUUCCUCUGAUGGCUCAAUAAAGUAA